AUGGGAUGCAUUUUUCGAGCUCGAAUCAAUCAGCUGUGGUCGGUGUGGUAUACGAUUGCAAUACUUCUACUGCAGACCUACCUUUUAUAUCUGGGCUUCGAACGGUAUCGCCUCUAUUCGGAGAUGAAAUGGCCACAUGGUGCAUAUCCACGUAUUUGGUUGAGUGUUUAUGUGAUAUUGUAUUCGGUUUGUAUACCAGCAUUAUUGCUCUUUGCUGCAUUCGGUAUUUUUAAAUCGGGCAAUAUUGCUGGUGAUAAUGAUCGAUUGGGAGCACGCAUUGAUCGUAUCAUUGAAAUGUCCACUAAAUCCAAUUCGGCAAUGUGGCGAGUCGAUGAUGCGUUCUGCGCCACCAUGCAAGUACUUUGUCAAGAACGUGCAAUAUCUGCUGAUUCGAAGGCUGGCAUGCGAGCCUUCUCAAGAGGAUGUUCACCGCUGCGGAAAUUGAAAUCGAUUUGGCAACAUUCACCUCCGUUACCGCAACAAAUUCAUCUCUUGAUGGCAUUAUUGCAGUUAUUUGCCCAACAAAUUAUGUUAGCGCAGCUCUAUCGAUAUGGCUUUAUUAAUUCUGGCGAUUUUUUGAACACCGAAUUGGAUUUUGUGUAUCAACGUGCACGACAGUUAGCAACAAAUUUACCGAUGCUCGAUACUCGAUUGCAAGGAUUUCGAAUCUCAGCUCAUGAUCUCGCUGGAACACCGAUCGGCCCAAAUCUUCUGCCAAGACAGUAUCUUAGCUCGUCAAAGCCACUAAAAAUAUAUCAUCCACUUGCCAUAAUUGCCACCUAUGUAACCACGAUGGUGCUUAUCAAUAUCGCUCCUAUAGCACUUUACACUUACGGGUACAACAAGUAUUUUGUGAAUCUGAUGGCGUUACAGUAUAAGAACAGUGCACGAAAUCAAGGCACUAGCGUCAAUGGUCCUCCGAGUGAAUAUUCUGAAUAUCGACGUCGAAGUUAUCAGAGGUCACCAGCUGCGAAACUUUGUUGUGACGGCUAUGCACCACACAUUAUUGCGAUCGUAUUGCUCGUACUAAUAGUCAUCGUUAAAGCACCUACUAUUUAUGCAUUGAUGGUACUCUAUCAGCAUGAAGAAAAGUCGCUAUUGCUCUCAUGUAUUGUUAUUGAUAUAACCUACCUCUUUACGUGGAUUAUAUUUUGGCUUAUUUUAACGUUGAAACGAGAUUGGAAUUUCAAAGUUGUACAUCAAAUGCGUGAGAUUAUCGCUUUACAGAACGCUCAUAAAAUGUUGGGUGCAGCAACGGGAUCAGUGUGCGAUAAAAAUCCAUCCGAGCUCAAAAACGCCGUUCUUUUGAUGCAUGGUGAUCAGAUGUACAUAACGGAUGAUCCAGUUGCUAAACAGUCUGUUCUACGGCAUGCUCAGAAGAGCGGAAUGGAUGGAUCGGCAUGCACGGAUGAAGUUUACUGGUUAAAAACAAAUGGUGCACAGUCACCAACAACAAGGAAAAUUCCUUUGAAUGAAAACAAUAAAGGUACACCAGAGAUGAAUCGCUUGUUGGGUGGCAACGCUGCUGCUGCUGCUAUAAGACGCCAAAGUGCCGAUGACAAUAUCUCAACACCAGCCGACGCGUACCAUUCGAUACGACGCACUCCAGCUUCACAAACCAAUUCGCAGUCAGCCAUAGCCCAACCACUGUAUGGUAAUACAGAGGGCAGUCCACAUGAAGAACGAACUUCGGCUAGUACUUUCGGCACCCUGCAGCGCAAUCAACGAGUGGAGUAUGUCGCAACGUUGAAUAGACCAACCAUGACAGCCGUACAACAGCGACCAGUUGCAGGUCAGCAGCAGAACUCGAUGAAUAUGAGUGCCCUGACAGCAUCCGAUUAUGGUCGUGGUCAAAUAGCGCAUCAUCAGUCAGAAGCAUACGCAUCAAUCCAUAAGAGUAGUCCCAGAGGAGUAGCACCUGUGCAGCAACUGAAUGAUUCAGCCGCGUUGACAGUACAACGUCGCGGAUCAGCGCCACGAGAUGAUUCAGCUGAUAAUUCAACAUACUCAAAUCUAGGUGCUUCUUAUGCGAGCACUUAUUCUGCCUACGGUCAUAUACCACCAUCUCAGACAAGAGCUCUUCAAAACCAACAGAUAAGUCAGCAAGCGGCAGCUAUAGCGGGUGCAAGGAACGCAAAUAAUGCAUAUGGAAUGCAACAGAAGUUCCAAGUGAGCGUAUCACAACGACUACCUACUGACGGCAUUAUGGUAGCACCGUCAUCGAUGGGCUCUGUGAGAGCGAGUCCUCUAAUAGGUGAAGAUCGUAUCACAAAUGCACGUUCAACUGCUACUAGCAGGGAACAAUCACCAUAUCAACGUUCGACCAACUUGAAACUAUCGUCGUUCAACAGUGCGAUGAAUACGAGCAGUACAGAUGCGCAAAAGCAUGUUGCUGCGCAUAGUACACUGCCGAUCGCAUGGUCACAGCAGCAACGAGCGCAAAUGGCACAAAAUUCUGCGCAAUCGCAGACGGUUCAAUGGGCCAGCAAUUCUGCUUACAAUAAGGCUUCUUCAAUAUCAACAAGUAGCAGUCAAGCAGAUCAAUGCUUCACACCCACAUCAACAUUAACCAGUCAAGGUAGUGUGAGCAAUUACUCCUCUCAACACACACCCACUCCUGGCUCUCCAAAUUUGGGACCGUCACAUUCUAAUGCUCUUUAUGGUACGCAUACACCGUCGUCAUCUGCCAGUAAUGCUCGUCACGCUGUUACAGUCGCAAAUGCCAACAUUUACGGUAAUAUUGGUGAUGAAUCAAAUAACACAGAGUCAACUUACGGUACGAUUACGUCUGCAGAUCGACUCGUGUCAAGCACAAAUGCUUCUUCGCAACCACCUCCCGUUGCACAAAAACCCCUGCGGAGUGCUGCAGUUGCGACGGGUAGUACAUCAAUUCGACAUCAGGUUAAGAUGGUUACAUCAAAUGCGAAUGCGAAGGUGACCAGUUCACGUCAAGACGAUUCAGCCAAUUAUAGCCUCACAUCCAGCUAUGAAUCGGCCGAGAAUCCGCGUCAAGGCAAUAUGUUAGCGCAGACGACGGCUGAGUACGCGACGAGUAUUGUUUGA